UAUUCUCAUCUAGUACAUGAGGUUGAGAUUGAACGGGAUCGCUUGGAUGUUUAGCUGUUAUGGCUAUAAUGAAGAGUUCAGUUGUGAACAUUUUAGUUGGGCUAUGGAUGAUCGGUUGUUUCGUAGCAGCUGAGAAAGGAGUUCAUGUGCCAGCCAUGUUUGUGCUUGGAGAUUCGUUAGGAGAUGCAGGGACCAAUAACUACAUUCCCCACUGCGACGUGCGUGCAAACUUAACACCUUACGGUGUUACCUUCUUUCACUACCCAACCGGCCGCUUUACCAAUGGCCGCACCACUUUCGACUUUCUCGCUACCUACUUGGGGCUUCCCUUUAGCCCUCCAUAUCUGGAGCCAAACGCAAAUUUUAGCAGAGGGAUAAAUUUUGCAUCAUCCGACUGUGGAUUACUUGACUCAACAGCAGCUGAUGCGAAUAUUUUGCCAAUGGGUCAACAAGUAGCACAGUUCGAAAACUUUUCUUUAUCCCUGAUGAAAACAUACCCAUCUGGAGCUGCGCAAGCCAAAUCCUACCUGAGCAAAUCUCUAUACUGCAUUACAAUCGGAACAAACGACAUUGGUGACUAUGUGUUAAACGAAACUAGCCAAAACAUUACAACUCCUCAGCAGUUCGUUACAUUGCUGCUAUCCACAUUUGAUCAGUACAUCACUAGGCUUUAUCGGGCUGGGGCAAGGAAAUUCCUUGUAAUGAAUAUUCCGCCUUUAGGAUGUGAUCCUUAUUUCAGAUUUACAAAUAAUGGUGAAUGUUCGGAGGCUGCAAACAAGCUAUAUGUGGAAUAUAACACUGGUUUGAAGUCACAUGUGGCUCACCUUAGCCAAAAGUUGUCUCGGUUAACUAUCAUAACACAUAAAGCUUAUGAUUAUCUCUGGGACAUGAUUCAAAACGGUGAAGCCUAUGGCUUCACAGAUACAAAGUCAGCAUGUUGUGGAUCGGGAUCAUUUAAUGCAGAAGUACUCUGUGGAAGGACGACUCCACAGAAUUUGUUCUGCAAUGAUACAAAUGCAUAUGUGUUCUGGGAUAGGGUACAUCCAACUGAAAAGGUUUAUGACCUGUUUGCACAGCAGAUUUGGAGCGGAAAUUCUUCUGUUAUCUACCCAUUUAAUCUCUCUACACUGGUCUCAGGGAAGAAGGCAUCUGGUUUUUACUUGUCUACAAACUCUGUAUUCUAACCUCCGAUAGCAUAACUGCACAGAAAUGAUCAGCUAUUCAAUCAUUAUGGUAAAUGAUAUUAUAUAAUAAAAUAGGAGGUUUUUCAUCCCUUAAAAUAAUAUUAAUAUUGAAUAUCAUGUAUCUUUUCAA